AUGCACUUCUCCAAGCUCAUUUUUACUCUCCUCGUGGCGGGCACAGCAGUUGCCCAUCCUGGCCCACACGACAUCCUUCCCCGUGCAGAGAUUCAGCGGCGCAGUGGAAUGGCCAAGCGAUGCGCCAGCCAUGUUGGAAGCUUUAACCAGCGCCGCAUGGCUAAGCGAGCAAUGCAGAAGCGUUGGGAGGGAUCCGGCCACAAUACCACGUUCGAGAUAGUCACCGAGGCUCCCUACUACGAGACCAUCCAGAACAACACUUGCGUGCUCACCCCAGAGGUCACCCGCGGUCCCUAUGUCUGGCCUCGCUCCCAGACCCUUCGUCAAGACAUGGCCGAAGACCAGCCAGGUGUGCCCCUCUGGCUCGACAUAGGAGUUCUGGACAUGGCCACAUGUGAUCCGUUGCCCAACGCCCUCCUCGACUUGUGGCACUGCAACGCAACGGGCUCCUACUCCUCAUUCACGGGCCUUUCCCCCAACACCCCCUUCGAAACACUCCUCUCUGAGUUGAACGUUACCGAUUAUGACAUGGGUGUCACGGACCUGCACACGGAUGAUACCACCUGGCUGCGUGGUAUGUGGCCGACGAACGAGGACGGCGUUAUGGAGAUGAAGACUAUAUUCCCAGGCUUCUACGUUGAGCGUGCCAUCCACAUCCACGCCCAAGUCCAUACCGACUGGACUGUUCGCGAAAAUGGUACCAUCAUUGCCAGCAACACCGUCAGCACUGGCCAGCUGUACUUUGAGGAGGAGCUUGAACAAAAGAUUAUGAGUAUGGAGCCUUAUGUGUCUCAUACGCAGAUCAACCGGACCACGAAUGCUGAAGACACGGUAUUCCCUGAGGAUUUGGAGGGUGGAUAUAACCCGGUUGUGUCUGUUGUUCCUGUGGAUGAGGACGAUCUGUCCAAGGGGUUGAUCGGAUAUAUCACUAUUGGUGUGGACACGACGGCGAUUGAGACGUUCAGCAAAUAG